GUAUCAGAGAUUAGACUUUGGGUUAUCUGUUAUGUUUCUUGACACGGCACAAGUGGUUUAAUGCGUUUUUUUAGGGGACACAGCUGGAGUUGCUGAUAAUUCCUUAUAUCUGCGCAGAAAGAUACGAGCAACCAUUAAUGUCGCUUUCACUCAUUAAAUAUCAAUCACUAGGCCAGAUUACAGCAUCUAAGUGAUUAUAAACCUGUAUCGACAUCAGAUAUUUGUAGUGGAUGCUAAUUUAGUACACAUUUGGUGCAUGCGUUAUUGUUUAUGCGUAAGUGCUUUCUUUCAGUUUGGUCCAUAUUUGGAAAUAUACAGAAGAAAAAAGAUUUGGAGUAGCAAUGGAAAAAUGGAAAAGGAGUGGAAUCUUGUCAGAUUGCUGCUUGGGAAUCUACAAAUGUGGAGAUUUUGGGACAUUAACCGCUAUUCGCACUGAAUAUUUAAAACAGCUAGAUUUUUUAUUACUUUUUUAAAAAAUACUUUCUUUAGUGAGUUUAACUUUUUUUUUAUUCGAGAUGUACUCCAGUCUGGCCAUAUCUUCUAACCCGUCCCCGUACGCGCAUGACUCCGCGGGCUACAUCCACCCAUCCGCCAGCUCGCCCGUGUACAUGGCGAGCGGCCGCGUACCAGCCGUGCUGCAACCGCUAUCCUACCUGCAGCCGUGCGAGCCUGCGCACGCGCAUCAGACACACGCCCUGAGCGCCCACCACCACCAUGCUUGGCCUCAGACGGCCGCGGACGGCUCGGCGUUUAGCCCGGGCAGUCCUCACCCUGCUCAUCCUCACUCUCACCCUCACGCUCCUCCGGCUUUCUCCUACGCGUCCAGCCCGCCGGCCAGCAGCGCCGACCAGUAUGGUCCAGGAGGAGGAACGGCAGGAGGAGGCGGUGCCCUGGUGCGGUCCAGCUCCUACUCGAGCCCGUACGCCGCCUACAUGAGCCCAGACGUGACCUCGUGGUCGCCUGGCCACUUCGACGGCAGCAUGAUCGGCUUCCAAGGACGGCAAGGAGCUUUAGCCGGAAGGAGGUCCAGCCUGGACAUGCUGGAGGAGGUGGCGUGUGAGGGCCGGGAGUGUGUGAACUGUGGCUCAAUCUCCACGCCGCUAUGGAGGCGGGAUGGUACCGGUCACUACCUGUGCAACGCUUGCGGGCUCUACCACAAGAUGAACGGCAUCAACCGACCACUUAUCAAACCACAGAAACGCCUACAAAACACAUCUCGGCGAGCUGGCCUGUGUUGCACUAACUGUCACACCAGCACUACCACGCUGUGGAGGAGAAACGCAGAGGGAGAACCUGUGUGCAAUGCCUGUGGCCUCUACAUGAAGCUCCAUGGGGUACCCCGACCGCUAGCUAUGAAGAAGGAAAGCAUUCAGACAAGGAAACGCAAACCUAAGAUGCCCAAAACAAAACCAACCUCAGGGUCGUCGGUAUCAGGCACUACCUCUCCUCAGUCCCAGCCCAUUUCAGAGAACGCUUCAACGAUAAAGAGUGAACCCAACAUCGCCGCUUCUCCAUAUGCUGGCCAAACUGUAGUUUCAGUCACACAGGCUUCAACACAGAUCAGCAGCACAAGUUCAGGACAAGUGGACAUCAAGUACGAGGACUACGCUUUCACCCCUACGUCCAUCGCCCAACAGAACUCCUGGUGUGCACUGUCCCAAGCAUGACGCAUCCAGAGACACCCCUGGACCUGAAAACCAACCCAGUGCAAUCUAAGACAAAGACUAUUGUUCUUUUUUCUUUUUUUAACGAAAACUACCUAUGAUAUUGAGCAAAAACAAAAAUAUUUCCUGUGGAUGGCAGUGGACGGGAAUGUAUAAAUCGACGACACGUUUGUAUAGACUAUAGCCAGAGCUAUUUUGUUUUGUUCUUCUUCACUGUAUAUCAUGUUUGUGACAUCACACCCAUUCACGAUCACACAGUUUUGCUGAGAUAAGCGACGGGUGACGACUCAGCAAGUAGGGUUUAAUUUAAAUCCACCAUCAGGAGGACGCGCUUUUCCCUGAGCCUGCGUCUUUAUAGGGUUCUUAACAAAUGAUUAACUUUUAAGAUACAUUAUAUAUGUUGAGAUAAGAACAGUCCAGACACAAGGAGCUAUCCAACAACUCUUUUUUUUCCCAUGGCAGAAUGUAUUUUUAUGGUCAUAAUGACUCCGGACACUUUUGAUCACACAAACUCAUUGUUUCCUCAUUGCUUCUACUGAUUCCAAAUGCUGUUAAAGCCACAACUAUGAUCUGAAGUGCAAUGAUUCACAUUUCAGAAAACGAAAAAAAAAAGGGACACAAUUAUUUUAAUUAUUGUAUGAUUUUCUGUUCUGUUCUGUUUUGUCCAAAUAUAUUAACCUUAAGUUUAUUUUGUUUGCUGUAUUUUAUGUGGAUAUAUAAUGGAAUUAUAGCAUUGUUUUAUGAAAUAUAAAGCUGUAUUAAAGCUA